AACCUUUAGUGAUUUGUAUUCUAUUUUACUUUCAGCACAUGAAAAUAUUUCUACUUCUGACCAUCGAAGAGAAUGGAAAACCAUUUUCCAGAUCAGCCCUCAUACAUCCUCCUGAUGGCCUAACAACUGAAUGACAUGUCGAUGCUGAGUAUGAUCCAUUUCAAUCAUUUGAGGAAGCUCUCCCUGAUAUAGGGGAUUGGAUGUACAAUGACGGACAUACGUUUAAUGAAGGAUUUGAAGAUGGUUUGAGUGAGGAGUGUGCAGAAGAGUCCAAUUUCAAGGACACAACAGACAAACCAAUACAUGACAAUGCAUCAGAAACCAUGGCAGAGUGCCUUCUGAUCAGCAUGGGUUAUGUAAACUGUCCUAAAGUCACAGGUAAGGCCCUAAGCCAUAUGCUCAAAAUGUUCAAGUUGCUUUAUCCCGAUAGUCUGAACACAGACUGCUUAAACAGUGUGCAGAAGUUCCAAAACUUUUUUUUAUCCCACUCUGCAUCAUCGCCUACUAUAUUACAUAAAUCCUCCAAGAAUUGUUUUGGGCCAAUAGAAAGUAAACAAAUAAAAUGCCUGCUUUGUGGGACCAGUGUGUCAGAAGAAAGGUUCUAAUCCUUUUUUUAAAGUAUGUACAGAUUGAUUUCUUGUUUACCACAGCACAUUCAUGUGCCAAAUGGGCCCUCGUUGGUGAAUAUAAACAUGCAGGUUUUUCUUUGCUGCAAGAUAGUGUAACAUAUGAGACAUGCAGUCAUGUUAUUCCCCUAUUGGAAACCUCUGCAGUACAGUAGUAUUCUUGGAUGACAUAUUGGGUAAAGUUGUUUUCCUUGACUUCACAUCUAUGCCUGGCAUAGUGAUUGCAGUUCAUUUCCCCAACACACUUGAAAAGUUUGAAAUAAUGAAGAACUGAACUGGCCUAAGAAGCCACAAAUCAAAUCUUUAAUCAUUGUUAUAAAUGCUCUGAAAAUACACACUGAUGUGAUGUUGCCAUGGAUUCUGUAAAUAUGUACUGUAUAUGGAGUAUCAUUGUUGAUGAUGUUUUUGCAUUGUGUGUAAUAUUUCAGUGGCAAAUAUAUUACAUUUACUUGUUUAAUAAAGCCACUGUCCUUUUUAAUGAAUACAUAGGCCUACUAUGCUACUGUAUUUUAAUAUUAGUCCUUAUGAUGGUGGUUGGAGAGCCAAAUAUCUUCUGAAGUGGUACUUUGUUAAAAGAGUUUGAGAACCACUGCUCUAGAAAGUUCACAAAUGUUAAAAGCUCUUAAAAAGUGUCUUGUGAUCAUAUCAGUAUUGUUUGGGUUCAGUUUUAAAUCUCACAAUUGUAGUCACUGAGUUACUGUACAUGACGUGUGGAUAAGAAAUCAACAAAUUAAGUCCAACUUUAUUUAAAUAAACCAUUUAGAUUACAGACCAUAUAUCCAUAUUGUCUGAAUUCAUUAUUUUCUCCCAAUGUUGGCAUGAGAUCAACUGGAAUAUGAUUGAGGUAUAACUAAAUUGAGCCCAUUAAAAUGCAUUUUUUUAGAAAACGGGUAUAUCUAACAACUCAAAUAGUGAGCAGUGAGAGACAAAACCAAGUAUAUCUCUCACUGAGACAUCAUUGAGACAUAUUGAAACCAAUACUCAUCAAUUGUCUUUUUGCCGAAAUAGAAAAGAGACAUCUGAGAACUCAAACAGUGAGUAGUGAGAAACAAAACCAGGUGUUUCUCUCACUGAGUCAUAAUUGAGACAUAUUGGAGACCAGCUCAUUCAUCUCUCAUUUUGGUCUUAGUUGAAAUGGGGAAAAGAGAUAACUAUUAGACAACUAUGAGAUCUCUCAUAGUGCUCACUGUGAGCCUUAUUUCUCAGGAGAUACAUUUGAGAAGAAUGAGAAAACUACUUUGGUCUCCAUUAGUGCUCUUUUAUGUCUAGGAGAUAUAUAUAAGACAUACAUGAGAUCUCAUCUUCAAUUUUGCUUUGCUAUGGGAAACAAGUGUUUGAUGAGCAUUCCUCAACUUUUUCGGUCUUUUUUGACACUCGUGCCAGCUUUUUUUAAGCAUGUUGCAGGCAUCAAAUUCCAAAAUGAGCUAAUAUUUGCAAAAAAAAAAGUUUCUCAGAUCCAACAUCAAAUAUCUUGUCUUUGCAGUCUAUUCAAUUGAAUAUAAGUUAAAAAGGAUUUACAAAUCAUUGUAUUCUGUUUUUAUUUACCAUUUACACAACGUGCUACUUCACUGGUUUGGGGUUUUGUACAUGUUGACAGUACAUUGCAGUGUUAUUUUGUUACAGCCGUGCCCACUGUGUGAAGUACUUUUGCAAGACUCCUAGCAAUAAUAUUACACUUCACCAAAGAGCCUGCUGUAAAAGAAAUGACCAUUGAAUGAAGAUACAUACUCAGGUCACCGUGAUCUGAAAAGGAGAGUGAAGAAUGUUUUUGUAUUCCCCAGAUUCUAAUCAUCUUGGAUGAAUAAACAAGCAAUUCCUAAUUUCACUUGGAAAUGUGUUUACUAUAAAAGUGUAGCACUGUUUCCACACAAAAUACCUUCUGUUUUUGGAAAGAUGCCCAUGUGUGUCUUCCAGGUUGAACAUUCCACCCUUUGUGCCUGCCCGGACUGUGCUGGAAGGCCUCGAGUCAGAGGAUGCGUGUGAAGACAAGAAAGCUGUAAAAAAGGAGAUCCAUAGCAAAAAGGGAGCCAAAAAGGACAAAAUGGAAGAGGAGAAUACAGACCUGCUCAGACUUUGCCACACAGUACCGCUGGAGGUGGUGAACUUAGGUGGGAAAGGUUACGAUCCAGAGAAGAAAGACUACUCAGGUUUCGAGGCCUGGUUGCAGUGUUACUAUGUGGAUGGAAUGAAGUCUGUACGCGACCACAAUGGCAGGACUAUGUGGUUCAAAGGCGAUCCAGGUCCUAUGGCUCCUAAAGAAUCAAAGUCUCCAAAGGCCAAAAAGAGAAAAGAUACAGAUGCAGACCAUGAUUACCCCCGCAAGAAAAAGGUGUCCAGGAAACACAACUCUGACAGCACAGUGAAGAAAAAAGCAGCCAAAAAGCCCACAAAAGCAGCAAAGGAAGAAGAAAAUGGACCUCAAGAAGAAGCCACACCCAGAAGAAGAUCAGCAAACACACCUCAGCAAGAACCGAAUCCACGUCAGGCAGGAGGAAAAAGAACAAUACAGAGCCAGCUGCAGGCUUCAAGACACGUAGCGGGAGACUGACAAGACAGAAUGUCAAGUAAAGGACAUCUAUUGGAAAAUACUGUUUUUAUUCCAUGAUACAUAUUUUUAAUAAACAUUCCACACGUUUA